UUCUCUUUUUUAACAGCGGUGAGAAAUUAUCGGCCUAUUGCAAGAUUGUCGGUGGGGGGAAAACCUGAAAAGAUCUAGGCAGCUACUGAGAAUUAUUUAAUCAAUCUGCCUGAAUCAUCUGAGGUCCUAAACCUCUCAAUGGUGGUAAUAGGUAAGUACCCCGCCUUGGACGUAGAUUGAAUCAGAAACAACGCAAAGCAUUUAUCUCUUCGAGUGGUGUGCGGUAACACAGACAUCCAUGCAUGGAAGUAGCGCAGCGUACGGGAUAAAAGGGUAAGGCAACGUUAAAUAUAGUGCCAUGGGGUUCAUCUACUACGUGUACGGAUGAGGAUCGAACACGGCACACCCCUGCUGCCCAAGAGAAAAAUAAUGCAUACCUGGUCUAGAACACUAGAUCUGUCUACCAAACGACAGUAACUACCUGAGAAAUCUAACAAAAGAACGCUUCUUUUACAAGACCCAUAUCAGCUGGACGCAGAAUGGCUUUUGCUAGGCUCAUGUGUACUGUAGUUAGCCCUGUUCAUAGUCAGUAGGUUGUAUAUCUAAAGGAUGUCAUUGAUUAAGGGGCUGUAAAUCACAUUUUGUUUCAGAGUUUGCCACUGGUAGACAGUGAACCUUUUUUUACUGUAAAACAGGCUUUUAAGGCCUGUUGGAGUUAGCCACUGUUAGAUAUUGAAGCGCUCUUGUUCUCCAGCAGGCUUUAAGGAUUGUCGGUAAUGGUCCUGAUGAAGUAUGGAAUGGGCCACAAGAAAAAGGGUGUGGUGGACAUUGAUUCUGAGAACAAGGUGGGGUGGGGUAGGACUCUGAACAUGGGUUCGCCUCUGAGGCGUUAUAUGCUUGCUGCCGUAUUGGCCUUGCAAAUCAUAAUACUUGUAAUUGUAAGGGGAUUGCCAGUACCAUUCCCCUGGUUGCCUCCUUGUCCCGUGCCAGUAGCAGAUGUUUCUGCGACUGUGGGUGCGGCAGCAUUAAAUGUUACUGCAAGUUGGGAUGAUGAUAGUGAAACCUCAAAUGAUUCGAAGGAUGAUGUAGCGGUAUCCGGUGACUUUGUUACUGAGUCAGUUGCGUCAGAUGUUUCUAAUGCUGAGAAUGCAAGCUGCGAGUUAGGUCUUGUCUAUGUGUAUAAUUUGCCUCCUGUUUUCAAUACUGAUUUGCUGAAAAAUUGCUCUACUUUGAGUCCUUGGAACUCCUUUUGCCCUGCCAUUGUGAAUUUUGGCUAUGGGGAUGUGAUCAGGAGACCAAAGUUGCAAGCAGAAGAGAGAGGGACUUGGUAUAAGACUGAUCAGUUCACAGGGGAGAUCAUUUUUCAUAAAAAGCUGAUGGAGCAUCCCUGUGUCACAGAUAAGCCUCAUUUGGCCAGGGCAUUCUAUGUGCCCUUCUAUGCUGGUUUGGCUGUGGGGAGGUACCUGUGGAGGGAGUACCCCGCUGAGGUUAGGGACCGCGAUGGGAAAAUGGUGCUGGAGUGGUUGCAGGAGCAGGAGUAUUGGAAGCGUAACUCAGGCUGGGAUCACUUUAUGGUGGUGGGGAGGAUCACCUGGGAUUUUAGGAGAUCCAAAGAUGAAGAUUGGGGGAGUAGUUUCAUGUACAUGCCAGGGAUCAAGAACGUCACAAGGCUGCUGAUAGAGAGAAACCCCUGGGAUGACAAGGAGAUGGGAGUCCCAUACCCAACUGCUUUUCAUCCCAGAAGUGCUCAGGAUGUGCUGAGGUGGCAGGAUCAUCUCAGAAAUGUUGAGAGGACCAAACUCUUUUCUUUUGCAGGGGCAAGCAGGAAAUACAUACCCAACGAUUUCAGGGGAAUUCUGUUGGACCAGUGCAUGAGGUCAAUGAAUUGCAGAUCCCUCGAUUGUUCAGGAACCCGAUGUGUCAAUGACACCAUGGCCGCUGUCCAUCUGUUUCUGGAUUCAACAUUCUGUCUACAACCCAGGGGUGACAGCUUUACUCGGAAGUCCAUCUUUGAUUGCCUUAUAGCAGGGUCCAUUCCUGUGUUUUUCUGGCACAGGAGUGCAUAUUGGCAGUACGAGUGGCACCUCCCUUCCAAUUACAGUAGCUAUUCUGUUUUCAUUUCAAAGCACGAUAUUAGAAAUGGUACUCAAAUAGAAGAGGUUCUUAAGAGAAUACCUGCUGCAGAAGUUCAGAGACUGAGGGAAACAGUUAUAAGCUCUAUUCCUAGAUAUGUAUACUCUGCACCUGGGCACCGGUUGAAGGGUAUGAAAGAUGCUGUAGACACUGCUAUUGAUGGGUUUCUAAAUACGGUCAAGUCAUCGAGUCUAGCUCAUAUAUAGGGACUUAGUGAGUAUUAGGUUAUUUGUACAUAUAAUGUUUUUGAGGUAAUUCCAUAUUACUCUAAUUAGAGUGACAUUUCUCAGGUGUCUGGUUCUUUAGGGACUUGGAUCUAUGAUUUUAAGCCCAAAGUUCACAAGUGCCAGUGAAAUAUAGGUGCUAAUUUUUUGUCAGAUAAAAGAAUUGUAGGAUUUAUAUUUAUUGCUAAGGUACAUAAUUCUUUGUGACAAGUAUUACAAUAAAAGGCCUGCCAAGGCCAGUUCUUAGCCAUCAAAACACAAUAACGAAAUGAACUUGGACUGGUGUUGGAACAUUUAUUUUGAUCAUGGUUUUAGUUCUA